UCCUCGGCCCCCGGCCGCCGCCGCCCCGAUGAGCUCGUACUUCGUGAACCCGCUGUACUCCAAGUACAAGGCGGCGGGCGAGGCCAUCAAUCCCACUUACUACGACUGUCACUUCGCGCCCGAGGUCGGCGGCCGCCACGCCGCCGCCGCCGCCGCCUUGCAGCUCUAUGGCAACAGCGCCGCCGGCUUCCCGCACGCGCCCCCGCAGGCGCACGCGCACCCGCACCCGCACCCGUCGCCGCCGCCUGCCGGGCCGGCUUGCGGUGGUGGGGGCGGCCCCGGUCCCGGCCAGGAGUACUUCCACCCCGGAGGGGGCAGCCCGGCCGCAGCCUACCAGGCCGCCCCCCCUCCGCCGCCGCCGCCUCCCCCCUGCGGCGGGAUUGCCUGUCACCGGGAGCCCGCGAAGUUUUACGGAUACGAUAACUUACAGAGACAGCCGAUUUUUACGACCCAGCAAGAGGCCGAGCUGGUACAAUAUCCUGACUGUAAAUCGUCCAGUGGUAAUAUUGGCGAGGACCCAGACCACUUAAAUCAGAGCUCGUCUCCUUCUCAAAUGUUUCCCUGGAUGAGACCACAAGCAGCUCCUGGUAGACGAAGAGGAAGACAAACCUACAGUCGAUUCCAAACCCUAGAGCUGGAAAAGGAAUUCCUUUUUAACCCUUAUCUGACCAGGAAGAGAAGAAUCGAGGUUUCCCACGCCUUAGCCCUCACCGAGAGACAGGUAAAAAUCUGGUUCCAGAACAGGAGAAUGAAAUGGAAAAAGGAGAACAACAAGGACAAAUUCCCGGUUUCCCGACAGGAGGUGAAGGAUGGGGAAACCAAAAAGGAAGCCCAAGAGCUGGAGGAAGACCGAGCCGAAGGCCCGACAAAUUAACUUCCACCUUAAAAAUUUUACCGCAGAUUAUUGAAACUAAGGAUCAGCAUAUGCUGGUGAACACCACCUAUUUUCUUUGUUGGAAAGGACUUUACUUGUAUUUCAAGCUACCUUCAUGUCACUGCUCUUGAGGUUUCUGUGCUUUGAGAGGGAUUUGGGUGUUUAAAAAAGAAGUUUCUAGUGUCGUAUAGAAACAGCCCUUGAGCUGUCCUAUGUAAGAGUAAUUUGAUACUGACCUUGUAGCUAUAUUUUUAUAAUGGUAGUUUUUAAUGGCUGAGCUGGUGAUUUUGCCUCAACAACGUAAACUUCCUAAUGAUUAGCACUAAAUAAUUGAAUAUAAAAUGCUUUAUUAAUCAAACAAGUGCACUUGAACAUUUUAAAUCUUUUCUUUAUGGUGAGUAAAUUAAAAGAAGUCUAUUAAUUUUUUUAAAAAAUUAUGCCCGCAGAAUAUUUACUUUAUAUUAUUUGAUUAAAAUGUAUUAUUUAUAUUUUUCUUUCUACUUUUAUAAUGAAUGGUUCGGGUGCCUUUUGUUUACUCCUAAAAGGUUUCUUUGAGUAUUUUGUAAAUGUAAUAUCUCUGGGAAAAAGUCUGGGCCAAAUAUUCAAAAAGCACAUGUUAGCUGAAGAGUGUAAUGUGUAGUCCUGGCUCUGAAGCUUCCUUAAACUUGGGGAAAAUGUUGGGCCAGUGACAGAAGUUUCAGGACAAUGUCAAAGUUGACAUUUAAUAAUUUUUCUAUAGUUUAUACAAAUUAUGGCAAUUUAAUCAUCUAGAGUGAAUGAAUACUUGAAAAGCCAAUUAUAACAUUUUCACUCGUAUACUUUUUACUUUGGCAAGUCGCCUUGUGGAACGCCUCUCGUUUCUGAACUUGCUUUCGUUUUGAACUGUGCUUGGUAUUGCCUGAAAUUGCUAGGUCUCUGUGCUGUGGCCGCCGCUGUGAUUCCGUUUUUUUGAGGAGGUGCCAUAUUUAUUUGUAUUCCCUUCGCUCUGUUUGCACGCCCAUUGUGAGCCAACUUGCUGUGCACGUCUCAGAUGUCGGUUGGUACGUCCUCUACUGUUCUCCAGGUUGGCCUUACCUAUUUGAAACAAUCCUUGAGAGCAAAUGCAGAAAAAUCCGAGUGUAAACAACCGCUGCAGAACAUAGCUAGCUCCUUAAUAAAAGAAUGAAUCUUUU